AUGCCCUUUUUUCCCCCAAGAUUCAAACCUGCAACAAGUGUGCUUUUCAUCUAUUCCUCUAUCCAUUGCUUGCGAAACGCGAUGGCUGAUGCGCAAACGUGCUUCUAUCCCGACGGCUCGGUAUCCACCCACGACACUCCAUGCCACUCUCCUUCCAUCGGCGACGGGGCAAGCGCAUGCUGCGGUUCUACUGAUAUAUGUCUGAACAACAGUCUCUGUCUCGCUCAAAGUGGGGCCGAAUUGGUUACUAGAGGCAGCUGCACUGAUCAGACAUGGCAGAGUCCGGAGUGUCCGCAGUACUGCUCAGAUGAAAACCCGAGCGGCGGGGCAUUGAUAUUUCUUGCUGGUUACCUGCAGGAUAAAUUCAAAUUCUGCUGUAGCCAGGUCAUCUUAUCCAACAACACAUGCAAUACCACCACUAAAGGAAGCACCGCACCUUUUGAGAUCGAAGCUGGACUGGUGAUACUCAACCGCACAUCUGGUUCUACAUCUCUCAAUACCACGGACGCCGCCACCGUUACUGUUACCGCCACGGCAACGGCAACGGCAACGCCUAUGGCAACGGUAACGGCAUUGACGUUACCACCAAACUCUUCCUCUUUCCACAAUACGUCAUCAACAUCACCAUCAUCGUCGUCGUCGAGCAGGGAAGCGGCAAUAGGUGCCGGGAUGGGCGUAACACUAGGGCUAGGACUGCUUGUCACGUUGGGGUUAUUAUGGAGACUGAGAAAGCACAAGCAGAUUUUGAGCAAAGAUAUUCAGACAUGGGAGUGGAAGUACUCGGAAUUGAUGAAGGCCAAGACUGCAAUUUUUGCCGGAGCUGAGCAUCAGCCACCGCAUCCGCUCGAUUGCUGGAACCAGGAUGGAUUGGACGGCCAACCGCAUCUUGUCCCUCAACUUGAAGGCUGGAAGCCUGACGAGAUAGACGGAACAGAGGUUUACGGACUGGGAAACAGGACAGAGUGA